CUAAAACUGGUUUUUGGGAGGAUUUUUUAGAUUUAUGGAGUUUUGAACAUAGAUGUGAUAAACUUCCAGGCCGCACGAUGGCGCCCGAGAGCAACAAGGAAACAACCCGGAAGUGCUUAACCAUGUGAAGGAUGUUUGAAUUGUCGUCUUCAGCGACUCCUCAAAACAUCAAUGCCAACAUUUAUUAAAGGAUUGAAUGCAUUUUCCUUAAGUUUUCCAGAGAAUCUCGCUGACAUUAUGCCAACAACAAGUAAAAAGAAACAGAAAAGGAGCAGCGACAUGGCGGUUCAGGGAACCAACGACAGCAGCGUGGUGAGCAAAGUGUCAGCUGCUGCGCGGGGCUACUUCAGAGACAACUUCCUCCAACACUUUGUGUGCAAAGUGACCAGAAGAGCUCCUCUCAUCAACAGGGGUUAUUAUGUGCGCUGGAAGGCUGUGGAUCACUGUGUGAGGCGGUUCUUUCUGAUUACUGAGAAGUGCCCUAAAAGACAGAUUUUGUCCUUAGGCGCAGGGUUCGACUCUUUGUAUUUUCGUCUACAUGCAGACGGAGCUCUGGACAGGACAGUUGUGUUUGAGGUGGAUUUUCCUGAUGUGACGCGGCGUAAAGCUGCUCUGAUUGGCUCUAACAUAACUCUGAGGGGGAUGUUAGACUCCUGUUUAACUCCUCCUGCAGGGCCUGUUUACAUGUCCAGCAGCCAGUACCGACUGUUAGGGGUGGAUGUCAGAGAAGAAUCCCACAUGGAGGAGGCUCUGGGUACAGCUGGGUUGGACUGGACUGCCCCCACCCUAAUCCUCUCUGAAGUGGUCCUCACCUACAUGGAAACACAACGGUCGGAUGCUGUGAUCAGCUGGGCAGCGAAGCUUCUGCCUCAGUCUCUGUUUGUGAUGUAUGAACAAAUCCACCCACAUGAUCCGUUUGGAUGCAUCAUGCAGGAGCAUUUCCUGAAGCUGAAUUCAACUCUGCAUGCCCUGCGACAAUACCCGGACACCUCUGCACAGAGACAACGGUUCCUGCAGAAGGGCUGGGAGCAGUGUGUGUGUUUGGAUAUGAAUGGUUUCUACUUGGAGCUGGUCCCUGAGGAGGAGAGAGGCCAAGUGGAGAGUCUGGAGCCGUUUGAUGAACAUGAGGAGUGGCACCAGAAAUGUUCCCACUACUUCAUCCUCACCGCAUCUCGAGGCUCUUUGCUGGAGGAGGCUUUACUCGUUCCAUCUCCAGUGUCUCCAGUGCCUUCUUUUAGUCCACGCUGGAGCCCCACAGCUCUGAAUGUUCGCCCUGUUCCGGUGUGUUUGGAGGGUCUGGGAAUGGCUUCCUUCUGGAUGAAGCCAGAUCAGGUGCUGCUAAUAGGAGGCUCCAGCAGAGCAGGCCGAGGGGCCGGGACCAGAGGUCUCCUCAGAGUUCAGGACGGCUGGAGGUCCGUCAGUGUGGAGCUGUCAGCAGAUCUGGGCGUGCGGCUCUACCACACGGCUACUCCUCUUCCUGGAGGAGGUGUGGUGGUUUACGGAGGUCGCUCCUCCCCACUCAGCCCAGCCAGAGACCUCUUCAAAGUGACCUUUGACCCCUGCAGUCUGCCGGCUGCGGCAGAGUCGGAGGGGGAAGAUCCAGCGAAGGUUAACGUGGAACGGAUGGAGUGCACGGGCGACCCCCCGCCGCCAAGAUGGAGGCACACGGCUGCUGUGGUCAGUCACAGAGGCAGACACUUCCUGUUUGUGUUUGGUGGAAAGAACCAGUCUGAUUCGGUUCUGGGUGACGGCUGCUUUCUGAGUUUGGAGCAGCAGCUUUGGACGGAGAUUCCAGUAGAGGGCGCAGCACCGGCGCCUCGUCACUCCCACUCAGCUUGUUCCUAUCAGGGAGGCGUGCUGAUGUUUGGAGGACUGGGCGGAGGGGGGGUUCCUCUGGGCGACAUGGUGGUGCUGAGGCCGAGUGAAAGAGGCUUUUGCUGGGAGAGGAUCGACGUGCAGCCCCCUCCUGUUCCCAGAUACUCCCACUGUGCCCACGUUACUGGUGACAGACUAGUGGUGGCAGGCGGAGUCUGGAUGCACUCAGACGGCGUGCCCGGCGUUGUCGUGAUCGAUAUCAACACGUGCAGCAGCAUGGAGUUCAGACUGGAUACGAUAUCGGUACCGUGGCCCCUGAUGCUCCACUCGUUCUGCUCGGAGAUGACGGACCCAGAAGAACCAGAGCUGCUCCUGAUUGGAGGAGGAGGGAACUGUUUCUCCUUCGGGACUCACGUCAACCCUCAGCCCGUCUCUGUGGACCUCAGGCCGGUACUGAGGUGAAGCGGGUCGUAGUCACAAAAUUCGCCAUGGUAACGGAGAGAGAGGAGUCGAUCUGUGUGUCUCAGCUGCUCCACACACAUGUAAAAUAAAGACAUUUUUUAUACUAAA